AUGACGCAUGCAUUUGACAACCAGCUGACGUCUUUUGCUUCCAUUUUCCAUUGAAAUUUCGCAGUUUCUGGAGUUUAUGUUGUUCAUUCAAACAGCAGACGUUUUAUUCUAGAACACAAGUUGAAUAAAUAAAUUUGAAUAAAAUGAAUUUCGUAGGAAUAGUCUGCAUUUUCCUCGUAGGAUCGUGCUGGGCUGUAGAGGAUGGAACAUCAAUAGACGGACAAAAUGUCACCGAUAUAUCUCCUACGGAAAUCAGUCCAGUGACCAAUCCAACAGUAAAACCGAGUACGAGUAAACCUACUAAAGCUCCCGUCACUACCCCAUCAAGCACCACACUCAAACCUAACACUCCCUCAACGCAAUCUACUACAACAACUGAGGCUUCGACAACACCCACCACCACCACCACAACAACAGCCAACAGUGCAACUACGGCUUCGACUAAGGCACCCACAAGCACAAGUAUUGCCCCCAAUGUAACUAAAUCGCCUGAUCCGACACCAGUUCCUUCAAGAGACAGGGGAUUUAGUGGACCUAGUUUUGUGGGAGGUAUAGUAUUGACCCUCGGCUUGAUGGCUAUCGGUUUUAUUGGCUUCAAACUGAAUCGUCGUCGCCAGGAAGGACAGAACUAUCACACUCUAUAGAUACGUUAUUAGGGGGUAAGAAAAAAGGGUAAACAACGUUAUGGUGAUUUUUUCGUGUAUAUCUACUUAUACCGUGUGUUGCAUCGCCGACUUAAGGAUAGGAAAUUCCAUGUAAAUGUUAUAAAUGAUCAAUAAAAGUUCUCCAACGUUUUCUGUAAAAUAAAAUGAGUAUUUUUAUUUAUUGUUUUUAUAACUUAAAUGGGAUUUCCUAUUUUAGUUCGGCGAUGUUAUUAAAUUGGCUUAAUUUUAUUUAUUUAUUGUUAUGUGCAAUGUUAUUGCUCUAGAUGCAAACAUGUUUUUAGGGUCAUCGGUUCACCGAGUUUAUCAGAAGAUAAAACUAAGAAAGGAAAUCGCAUUCAUUGUUGUAUUAAGUAAUUUUCUCGUUACUACAUUAACUGAAAUUGUUAUAGAUCAAUAUGUACAGGGUGUCCCAUUUUCGUAUGUUUUCAGGAUUACUGGUUUAUGAGUAGAGAUACAAAGAUAUGGUUUUUACGUUACUGUGGUACUGUUUUAUGAAAUUUAAGAUGCUACAUAUAGCAGUUCCUGAAAUAUAGGGUGAAUUUGGAAUUGUUGCACUUUUCAACUACCCUCUUUUCUCUGUUAUCUUGUAACGUAUCAGGAACUUAGAGGGCUAAGACAAAUCUGUGUGUAGGAUAUUUUUUAGUUUCAUAAAAAAGUAGCAUAGUGAUGUGAAAACCGCAUUUUUGUAUCUCUACUCAAAAACAAGAAACUCCAUAAAACACAGGACAAUGGGACACCCUGUGUGUUAUAUGUAACUAAAAAAUCAUCGGUUAAUCGGAAAACAACUUAAU